AUGUUGGUUAAUGAUGAUUCUUUGGUUAGUAGGAUCUAUAAGGAAAAAUAUUAUGCUCAUGGAAACUUGUUUUCUACUGAAUUGGGAGAUAAUCCUAGUUUCAUCUGGCGAAGUAUUCUUAAAGCUAAAGAUCUAGUACAUUCAUGUGCUCAAAGAACAAUCGUUAAUGGGGAAAAUGUAUCCAUUCUUGCAGAUCCUUGGCUUCCACAUAGUUCUAACAGCUAUGUCAUUACAAGGCACCCUGCUCUUGUGAACAAAUCAGUCAGCUGCCUCUUUCAAGUUGACACUCGCGCUUGGGAUGAGGAUGUUGUGAGAGACUUGUUUGUUUCCCGUGAUCAAGAUCUUAUUUUGUCCAUUCAGCUUAGUGAUUCGGCCUUAAAUGAUGAAUCUAAAGGUGCAUGGUGCCGUGAUGCCAAUAAUGAUUUUUGGAAGCGCUUUUGGUCGUUACAAAUACCUCCUAAGAUCAGUAACUUCUUAUGGAGGGCUGCUUCGGGUGUGCUUCCAACUUAUUUUCAGCUCCAAAAACGUCAUGUUCCCGUCAAUGCUGACUGUCCGCCGUGUAACGCUCAUGUAAAAACCGUUCAACAUACGUUGGUGGAGUGUGAGUUUCCUAAAGCUUCUUGGAGUCGCAACAUGAUCGACGUCGGGACUGGGGCUACAACAUUGAGCAACUGGCUGUUGGGGAUCUUCGGCAGAGGGCGCGAAGGUGAAAUGGAGGAAGUGGCUGUGGUGAGUUGGGCUAUUUGGCGCCCUCGGAAUGAAUUUGUUUGGCAGAAGAAGAGUUGGUUUGCAUCAAAUAUUGUUGUAUCAGCUAGAAACUUGCUUGAUCAGUAUAAAUUUGCUCAAGGAAGGAAGGGUCUUUCGUUGUCUCCGCUGCAUGAUGGGGGGCGAAAUCUUGAGCGUUGGAUUUCACCUGAGAUAAACAAGAGCAAAAUUAAUAUUGAUGGGGGUUAUUUGAACAAGAGGGGCGCUUUGGCAUGGGUUGUGUAG